AUGGCCAUGUUCCUCAUCCUCGCGGUGCUUCGCGACACGACCAGGGCCGAGAAGAGCCUCCGAUCGGGGAACUGGAAGCACGGCCUCGUGCCGAGCAGGGACCCGACGGGCUUGACGCUGGGCAUAGUAGGCAUGGGGGCGAUUGGAAAGUAUACCGCGCGCAAGGCCGCCGCCUUCAACAUGCACAUCAAGUACCAUAACAGACACCAACUCGCCCGUGCCAUCGAUGAGGAAUACAACGCAACUUACUGCGCGACAUUACACGCCCUGCUCUCCGCAAGCGACGUGGUCAGUAUCUCGUGCCCCCUCACCGCAGAGACCACGAACCUCAUCUCGGGCCCCGAGUUCGCCGCCAUGAAACAAGGCGCGUACCUCGUCAAUACCGCCCGCGGGGCGAUCGUGGAUGAGGAGGCCCUGAUCGAGGCCCUGGAGUCCGGGCACCUCGCGCGCGCGGGACUGGACGUCUUCCGCGACGAACCGGCUGUCAAUCCGUACUUCUUGGGGAGCGAUAAGGUCGUUAUCCAGCCUCAUAUGGGUGGGUUGACGGAUGUGGCGUUCAGAAAGUCGGAGAGGGAGUGUUUUGAGAAUGUGAGGUGUUUGUUCCGCACGGGCAGGCCGGUUGCGCCGGUGAAUGAGGUUUCGGGUUAG